GUGAGCAUCGUCGCUUGGUGUUUUUCCCUCUUGGUCAAAACCUGCCAGAUACUUCACUUCUUCACGUGGACACCAGCUCUUGGACUCUUUCUACCAAGUGUCAGAUGUUGCGGACGAAGCUCGGUUCUCUCAGCAGACCUCAACCAGCUUGAAAGAAAAGUUUUUACGAGGCGCGAUUAUCGGAAAAACUUGUAAGGUGGAUUUAGAGCGUGUUGUCUGGCUUCCCAAGUAGACGCUUUGAACUUGAACUCUGGGUAUCAGGGAUGCUGGGACCCUGAACUGGGAUCAGUUUGACAGCGGAUGCUUCAGUCUGCGGAGUCCGACGCAGCGUUCCCUCUCAUCAGACCUCACUCCUGGCACCUGGCAAAGCUAUCGGAGCCACCCCUCCCUCCCCCUCCCCUCCUCCGUCUCCUCCUCCUUCUCCACCCUGCCUCCCCCCUGCAGACUCCCCUCCUCUCCCCCCUCCUCCCCCUCUGUCUGCCCAUGCAGCUCCACCCCGGCUCGUACACACUACCCUGGCACACAACUGACAACAGUGACUUGUCCUUGCAGUGGGGUCAGCUCUCCAGACCUUACUCCUCCACUGACCGAAGCAGUUCCCUGGGCUCCAUGGAGAGCUUGGACGCACCUACACCCACCACACAGCCUUACUCUGACUCCCACAAUUCACCUGUCGACCCCACCCUCUUCAACAACAAAAGAGACUCUGCUUACAGCUCAUUCUCCGCCAGCUCAAACACAUCAGACUACGCGACAGUGCCACUAAGGCCCGGUGAAGCCUGCUCUAUGGAUAACCUCCUCCAGAGCCUGGGGCCGGCUUGUCGAGGCUACCCUGGUGGUGACGCCUCAACCCUGGUGAGCUCAUCUGGCGAGGCCACGGAUGAGGCACAGCUUAUUGUCAUCAAAUCCAGGUCGCUGACAAGGCCAAGAACAAGGCCUGUUGAACUAAAAGAGAGGCCUUCCUCCUGUUGUUAUGAGGAAGAGCGAAGAGGAGGAGACUUUGAGAUCAUUAGAAAUGGAGAAAGAGGAGCUGAGAAGAAGGUGAACCCUCCUCAGCCUCCAACCAGGAAGGACAGUUUUAGGGCAACCCGGAGUCGCCCUAAUGUCGCUAACAAACGUUGCGUUUCUGCUCCGAUUGAAAUUUCCAGUGUUUCUUUUUACCAUGAUGAAAACAAGUCGUCUCUGAAUGUUGAAUCAGGAAUUCAAAACGGCUUCCCUGCACCAGAAGACAAAACUGGGGAUUUCAAAGAGGAUACCGUAGACUCGCACUAUAUCCAAAGACAGACUGAAGACGUCAGACAUGUCAGAUGUGAUACUAGUGCAAAUAAAGACUGCAAUUCAGACACCACCUCAGAUCGCCUCUCUGACCCAGUGACAGACUCCCUAGUACCAAUCACCUCCUCCCAUUCUGGCUCUUUACCAUCAGAAUCCCCCAUAGGCGUUCAAAAGCACUCCCAAACCAAGCACUCCUCUACGGGGCUGCAUCGGCACAGCGCCCCCGAGAAGCUCCUCGCUACACAACUUCAGUUAUUGCAGUUUAACAGUGACAGCUCUUCACUGGAGCCUCUUAAUCUGCCUUCUGAUCCCUCCUUGUCCCCUUGUGGCAGCCAGUGGUCCCACUCAUCACUCCAGCCAACAAGGGAAGACCAGGAAGCUUCUCACAACCACGUCAACGCACCAUCAAACAAAUGGGGAGGCAGCCGUUGCUCCACCCCAGGAUCUGUGUUUUUGGAAGGCGAUGAUGAAGAUGGAAAUUCAAGUGAAAGGCUGGAAGGUGUGAAUGGUGGGUCCCUCACGCAAAUUGAGCAUCACAUUACUUGGGGUCGCUCUGUGAGCGUACCAGGGGAUCCCACUGGAUCGUCAAACCAGGGAAGGUUGAGUGCUGAUCAGAUACUAGAGAGAGAUUUUGAGCCUCUUAGUGCUGCUGCCAGCAUGGAUACCCUGUUGGAGGAGCAGAGAGCAGUGGAUAGAGGAAAAAGUGGAGGUAAAAAUGAGGAGGGUAUAGCAGGAGAGACAGAUAUGAAGAAGUCACACACAUCCAGGAACCAUCGUCGGAACCGCCGUCGAAGCGAAAGAUUUGCCACAAACCUUCGCAAUGAGAUCCAGAGGAAGAAGGCCCAGCUUCAGAGGAGUCGUGGCCCAGGAGGGUUGCUCUGUAGUGGGGAAACUGUCCAGGAAGAGGAGGGUCCAGACCUCAAUGAGGAAGGGGCAGACUCAGAAGUGCCUGCCCAGGAAAGGAGUACCAAAGUCGCAUUUGCCUCUGCUGUUAUCCCCCAAGAUUCCAGCACCAUAGCACCAGUUGAGAAAUCAAACACCUCAAGUGAAUCAAACCAUGAUGUCUCAACAACCUACACUCAAACCAACAUAUCCAGGUCAGUCCAGAUUCUGGACCCGGGAGUUCCCAAUUUUGGUGUCGGAAUCCGAGUGGUGGAGGAACCAGCUCCUGCUGGCAAAGCUCGCCGCUGGCGUUGGACCCCUGAACAUAAACUCCAACCAGAACCAGACCGACGGGGUGGAGUCUUGAGUGAGAAGGUGUUGGGAGUCACAGGGUCGCGGCAUGGAGUUUGUGCCUUCACCCCCUCUUCUUCAUACACUCGCUCCUCCUCCUGUUCUCGGAUGGAGGAGUCCGAUAUCCUUCCAUUUGCAGAUAGAAUGAAGUUUUUCGAGGAGACAAGCAAAUCUGGAUCCAGUCUGUCAAGCCACAGGCAGAAGAAACUCCCCAACCAUUCAGAGCUCCAGGGAGGGGACUUUAGUCAGUACUCUUCCCAAAGGAGAUACUCCUAUCAAGGGGGACUUCAGCAGGAAAGCACCCUGCUUCCAAACACUUUGGAAGCGAGGAGGAUGUCUGUGAGUACCAGCAGGGAGAGGCAGAAAGAGAAGGAGAGGGAACAGGCAAGGGAACGAGAGAGAGAAGAGAGGCUGAGAGAAAGGGAGAGAGAAAGACAGGAGAGGGAACUAGAAAUGGAGAGGGCAAGACUGAGGGAGAUUCAGCAGGAGAAGGAGCGCGAGGAGAGGGUGAGACAGUGGGAGAGGGAAAAAGAGAGAGAGCUUGAGUUGGAAAGAGAAAAAGAGAUGGAAAGAGCCAGAGAGAAGGAACGUCUCGAAAAAGAACGAGAGAAAGACCUGGAGAGAGAAAGAGAAAAAAAAAGGGAAGAAGAUGCUCAGCUCACGUCGCAUCAGGAGUUUUAUGGCAUCAAAGAAAGAAAUAAAGACUUCCAACCCAACUUUCAGCCAAAGCCUCAGGUGUUCUCCCACAGCCAAACCCAAAAUCAAGUCCCACGUUCGGCUUUUUAUCCUGUCAACACCCCUUCACAGCCCCCAGAGAACCAGCAACCUCUUCACCAGGGAUACACAGCAAGGAGCUACACGCCAACAGAGACGUAUCCCGCCCGGCAACAGGAAACGACCAAGCUCAACAGGAACUACAGCCUGACAGAGAGGGACUACUCAAGCUGGAGACGAGAGUCCAGACCUCCAGAGAAUCAGUAUCAUCAGCACCAUCAGGGUCGUUGGAGCCACAGGCAGGCUGACAGCAGCCAUGAAGAUCGCAACGGAUAUGUGUUUGCUCCCCCGCCGGCUCCUCUCUCCCUCAGAGGACGAGCCAUGUCUGAAAACGACCUCCGCUUUGACAGCAGCCAUCGCUGGUCGCCGUCAAUUUCCAUGGCGACCAGCCAGACCCUGAGCGAGGUGGAGGAAGGACCAGGCAGCAUCAGGGGAGGGGGAGGACAACCUGCCAACAAUGCCCGGCCAAACAGGAAGAAAACACCACCUCCACCGAGACCGCCGCCCCCGAAGUGGGAGCAGUUCCACCGCAGGCGUGCAUCCCACCACACCCUGUUCCCCUCUUCUUCUUCUUCUCCUCACUCCAUCCCUCCAUCUUUCGACACCGCAGAGGGACACUCUUUGACUCACUCCUCCUCAUGCGUCCCUCCAGCUGAAACAUCCAGACCGAGGUCCUACAGUCUUCCUCCAGAGAGGCAGGAAGUGUCGGAGGGCUGCCCGCGCUGCAGCUGCAACCAAACCCCGGAAUUUCCCCAUGCCUCGUCCAAUCAGAAUCACCCACAAAUGCAGGAACACCCCUUCUCUCGCACUCCGUCCAAUCAGAAUCAGGUUCAGUUUCAGGAUCGAGCUUUUACUAUUGCUCCGCCCAGUCCUAUGUUCUCCAGGAGGGGCUUCAGACCGGUGGCUCCGCCUCAGAAAGAGAGGGACCUGAGGGGCUCAUAUGUGCAGCAGGAGAGGGUGGAGCUUCUUCCAUCUCCACCUCCGCCUCCACCAACAGACGACAGUGUGAGCAGUUAUUCUGAGAUGAACAUCAGCCCCAACCAGGACAAAGUAACAGUGAAACCUCAGAAACAACAGUCCAACGUGAGACCAGGAGCCGAGUGGGAGAGAGUGCCAUCUCCCAGAGUUCACAGCGACUCAACCCUUCCACCUGUCCUAGAAAACGGAGGUGUUGGUGGCGUUUUACCCCCUGAAUCCUACUUCUCCAUUGACUACGAGCAGCAGCAGCAGCUUCGUAUGAGCAGAGGCUUUCAGAGCAUUGAUCCGCAGAAGAUCCCCGAACCAGGAACAGAAUCAGAGACCACCCUCAGCCCGAGUCCUGUGCACAGCCUGGACGCAGACCUGGACGUCCCCAUGGAGACAGACAUCGAUGAUUUCCAGGAGGAUGUUCCAGUGUUAGACGAGCCAAUCACCAGCGAGCUGCCAUGUUUCGCAUUGCCGGUUACGGUCCUGGAGACGGACAUCGACACAUUGCCGGCCUCUACCGAGGCCUCGCCGUCGGGCAGGACGAGGGCGGAGAGCAGCUCCCUGGAGGAGGAGCUGGAGGUCGGGGAGAGCAGCAGAGAGGGGCUGAGCCUCGAGGAGCUCUUCCCCCAGAGCAGCGAGGGAGAGUCGGGCAGAGAGAGCUGGAGAGGAGCCUACCAAACCACAGAGCACAACACCGACAGCUUGGAUAGGCGGUCCGGUGCGAGCUCCAGCUGCUCGUCCUAUUACAGCACGUCAGCAGCCAAAGCUCAGCUCCUGUCACAGAUGAAGGACUUCACUGAUAACAGGGAGAGGGACGAGGACGACGAGCUGACCUACAAGAAACAGCUGAUGGAGAGCCUCCGCAAGAAGCUGGGAGUGCUGAGAGAGGCUCAGCGGGGACUGCAGGAGGACAUCAGAGCCAAUGCGCAGCUGGGAGAGGAGGUGGAGAGCAUGGUGGUGGCGGUGUGCAAGCCCAACGAGGUGGACAAGUUCCGCAUGUUCAUCGGCGAUCUGGACAAAGUGGUCAGCCUGCUGCUGUCGCUGUCCGGGAGGCUGCUGAGAGUGGAGACCACGCUGGACACACUGGACCCUGAGACGGAGCACCACGAGAGGCUCCCUCUGCUGGAGAAGAAGCGUCAGCUCAUCAGGCAGCUGUCGGAGGCUCAGGACCUGAAGGACCACGUUGACCGCAGAGAGCAGGCCGUCAGCCGGGUGCUGGCCCGCUGCCUCUCCCCCGAUCAGCACAGAGACUACAGCCACUUUGUGAAGAUGAAGGCCGCCCUGCUGGUGGAGCAGAGGCAGCUGGAGGACAAGAUCCGGCUGGGAGAGGAGCAGCUGAGGGGGCUGAGGGAGAGCCUGGGGCUGGGGCUGGGAAUCGGUAUGGGAAUGUCGUUGGGAUACGGACAUUAUUGAAAGAAAUAAGAAAAAGCCUAAAGAGAUGAAGAAGCAGGAGGCUUGUAGCCACAUUAAAUCAGUUUCAGGAUUGAGACAAAAUGAAGAUGUGAUUUUAAAAAAGGCAGUGUAGAUGUUUGUGAAACCUUGAUUUACAGAUUGUCUUAAAGGAAUAGUUUGACAUUUUGGGGAAAUAUGCUGCAUCCCUUACAGCAUCAACAUCACUCUCAUGUCUGCCAGCAAAAAAAAACGCCUCACCAAUUGUCCAUUUGACCAACAAAAUGUCAAACUAUUCCUUUAAGGUUUAGCAGAGAUAUAGAUCCAGAAGUUUCAGAACCAAACCAACAGCUCAAACACCUGUCUAGUUUUUCGGUAGCACUUGAUGUUGGCUGAAACCAAAACAGGAAGACUGAACUUUGGUGCUUAAACACAACAAAGAAAAGACAAAGAAGAAGAAGAAGAAAGUUGAGCGAGGAAUCACAUAAACUAUUAACUAGAGACUUCAAACUUCUUAAAAUACAACAAACAUACCAGAAGUAUAAAUAAACUCAUCCCGUGAGAUGUGACUAGAGAGCCGAGAGCAAGUUGGCGGUUACAAAAGGAUUUGUACGUCGCUGAAACACGAGUUUGUGAUCAAAGAAAGAAAAGCUCAUUUUGUUCUCGAAUUUUACUCAAGAAGAAGACUGAAACUGCAGAACGGAUUUCAAUUGAGCUUGAUAAUUCACUUUUCAAACCUAAUAAGUGAAGAAAGGAAUUUAAAAUAACCACAUUUUAGUCUCACAGUAAAAUCUUUAUACUCUCUGCUUCACGUUUUGUGCCUGAACUUGUACUGUAAGACUGAGCUAAUGACGCCACACUUCUUCUAACACUACGUUGCCAAAGACAUUUUCUCUUGAUGAAUGUGUCACUGAGACGCUGCUUUUUGUUGAGUUUUGUAUUUAAAUCUCCUGAUUCAGAGAAUUGAAGGAGACUUUUUUUUCCGGUGCUUCACACUAAGAAACUGUGUUUCCGUUAGCAACGCUAAAGUCAGCAUUGUGACAUGCAGCAUUAUUAACUGCCUUUGGGAUUUUCUAUUUGUUGCUGGCUGACACCUGCAGUCAGCAAUACAAAAUAUACUGUAUUAUCUACUAUAGUAUCAUCAUAUCACUUUGUAUUCCCAAUUACUGUAACAAGUUUUACUGCGCGGAGUUUGAGACUCCGGCCACUCGUUAUACUGUCACGUGAUAAUUGAUAUGUACAGUGUUUAUAAUGUAUACGAUGUGUAUAUAGUGAUUUUUUGUUUUUUAAUGACUGGAAUUGGUUGUAAAAAAUUGGUUGUUAAAAAAGAAGGAAGAGUCGACGUUUACUGUAUAUUUUGAAGGACAAGAGUUUGGAUGACCUGAAACCAGAGUUGCAGUUUUUGUCGUUAUCUCGUUCAAGCAUUUGGUGACAUUUUCUUCUGCUCGCUCCAUUUGACGUUUAAAUCAUCCAUUUAGUAUGUAAUGGAGACGGUAGCAAGGUUCUGGCAAAUCCUUAAAAAGUCAUAAAGGCAUUGACUUCAUUAACCCAAAAAUAAGGCCUUAAUAAGCAUUAAAAUGUGUUAAAUCAAUCAUUCAAAAGUCUUAGACAAAAUGCUUAGACAUUGGACGUUGCAGACAUUGCAUUGCAAAAGCUUAAAAUAGUAGGCAACUUAAAAAAGUAAUAAUAAUUUGCUGAAUGCCCCUUGCAUUAACCAAAGAGUCACGUUUUAUGUUACAAUAAAUAUUUGAAAAUAAAAAAAAAGCCCCUAAUGUUAGGUGAUUGAUUUCUGUACUUUGUUUUCCAUCAGUAUCCACUACUGUAAAAUUAGUAUUAAAUUCCAAUUCAAGUGGCAUUAAAAGAUUGUUAAAAAAAGUUUUAAAUCUCACUCACUUUAAGUUGUAAGAAGCAUGUGUAGUUGAAAGAGGGCUUAUGUGAGUCACUUUCUUUUUCUGAAACAUGGCAAAUAAGUGUAUCACCCAAAACAUGUCAAACUAUUCCUGCAAACUUGAGUGAAAUGUGUAUUUUUGUACAUUUUAAAUUGCCACAACAGACAGAAAAAUUCUGAUUUCCCAAUUUGUGAAACAUUGACUGUCCUGAGCGUUGCGUUUGUUGACCUCUGCUAUCUGAGGAAAUCAAAUAAAGUAAAACAAAACACAAAAACUGCAGCUCUACAAGAGAUGGGAGGGAUUUGGAAGAGGACACGUUUUGAGAGGUGGACAUGCUGAAGUUAAGUAAAACCACAGAUACCUUUUAUUAUUUUCUACUUUUUCAGUUUCACUGGUUGAUCGAGCAAAUCUGCAGCUUAAAGUUUGUUAAAAGUUACAGUUUGACGCUCAGUUUUUGCUCUUUUCUGCAGUUUGUUCUCUGCUGUUUUAACACCAAACAACCCUGAACUCAAAGUGUCCACAUUUACUUGUACAUAUUACAUGUAUUCUUGUACUAUAACAGCCAUUUUCUAAAUCGACUGGAACCGUAUUGACUUGACGAGAGGAGAGAAAGUUGCUUGUUGAGAGUAUAUUUCUUCUGUUUGUGUUUUUCCUAUGUAAUUUUGAUUUAUUACAAAACCUUUUUGUAAAAUGCAUUACAGAGUUUGUAACUGCAAAAACACUCACGUGAGGAAAAAGUACCAUAAAUAAUAAUAAUAGUAUUUUAAACUAGCUUUACGUCUCCUGUCGUGAUUUAUAUCCGUCCUGGGUGAACGGCCUCUUUAUGUUUCUUUGGUAUCCGGCGCCGAAAUGAAUUCCCUUCUGGGGGGGGGGGACUGUUGUUUGAAUGUGGU